AUGCGAAGAAGAGCCGGGCCAAAAGGCCCCCACCGGCCCAGCCCAGCGGGGGAUCGCCGGAGCCCAGGAAGCGGAGCAGCGACGGGAAGCACCCGGUCUACAGCUGCAUCCGCCGCCGCCGCCGCCGCCACCGCAGGUACUCUUGGCCCAAUGGGCCUCGAGACCGCGGGCCCCAGCCCGGCCCAUGACGACGUUCUCCGGCCCAUUGACCGGCCCGACUCUGCUGCCGCCGACGACGACGCCUCGCUCUUCGCCCUGCCGGACCUCCUCCUCGACCUGCGUGACGGGUUCGGCUUCAAUUCGCCAUGGGUGACCGCCGCCGUUGCCUUGGCGGAGGACGUCGACAUCGGCGACUGCGUCUGCGGCGGCGGCGGCGGCGUCGAGUUUCGGAUUGAGGAGCCUUACUUGUGGGGAUAAAGACGCUGCUUCUAGUUCAUCACAACUCGCAAAAGCAAAAGAUCCGUUCCUUGCUUACUCGGCCUCUUCCAUGCACUUUACGCACCACUAAUUCUGUUUAAUCAAUAUUUACUUUUUAUUUAUUGUAUUUAAUUUACUUGGCAGUGUGCGAUCGAUUAGCUUUUUUUUUUUCUUUUUUUUAGAAAAAAAAAAGUUUGUUUUGGGUGAUAAAUUAUGGUUUUGGAGCUGGAAUGGAAUGGAAAUAUAAAGAG